AUGAAACGCACGGCUGGAAAGGAUAAAGCUCCUGCACAACAAGGCGAACUAAUCGGGAAGUACAUGGAACCAAGCGAUGAGACCAACUCACACCCCAGGCACGUCACGAAUACAAUUGCCAACUGCCCAAAGCAAGUAGAGUUCCCACCAGUUGUUGAUACUAUCAAUCGGCUUGCAGGUCAGAUGAAAGGGAAGAGGAUUAACGGUCGUAUGUCUCUUCAUGAUUACUGGAGGGAGGAUUCUCACGACGACACUGUGCGAAGAGGCGGAUAUGGAGACUUUUCGACGACCAUUGACGUCGAUGUGGAUGAUCCUAAGGCCAGUGAACCAUCCUCUUUGGCAGGAAGUGAGCAUUAUAUCAAUCCUUCUCACGGACCGCAAGUACAUGCACCACCACCUCGAGUAAUCUUAGCGGUCACAACUACGUCGGUCCGCGCUUGCGUCACCUGUUAUGAAAGACACGUUGGGUGUGACAGAAGUUUGCCCAGAUGCUCGGCUUGUGCGACAAGUAAUGCAAGCUGCGUCUAUCCCAAUGUUACUGUUAAAGUAUCUCCAAAGAAGCAGAAGAAGUGCCUUCGCCACACCAUUAGGAUACUCAGAUGUCUCGUAAUGGGGUCAAAGGGAAACCAUGUAUUAGCUGUUAAGACUCCAAGGGCAAGAGCUUGUCUAUGA